AUGUCGUUCCGCUUGAGCACACGCAGCACAAGUCUACGGGUAUCCCUCGCCCGUCCCACGACGACAUCCAUCACACGCCGUCACCUCAGCGCCUACGGCUACGAGCAAGCCAAAGCACUAGCCUUCACCAACUAUGGCGAGCCCAAAGACGUCCUCCGCCUGCAUGGCCACAGCAUCUCUCCCGCCCACAAAGACCUCGUAACCCUCCGCUUCCUCGCCUCGCCCAUCAACCCAGCAGACGUCAACCAAAUCCAAGGCGUCUACCCCACCAAACCCACCUUCAGCACCACUCUCGGAGCCCCCGAUCCCACCGCCGUAGGAGGCAAUGAGGGCGUCGCUGAAAUCAUUUCGGCCGGAGGAAGCGUCAAGGGCUUCCAAAGAGGCGACUGGGUCAUCAUGCGCAGCCCCGGUUUCGGCACCUGGCGCACCCAUGCCCAAACCACCACCGAGAACCUCCUCAAGAUUGAAGACAAGUCAGGCCUCACACCCCUCCAGGCCGGCACCGUCAGCGUCAACCCCUGUACCGCCUACCGUAUGCUCAAAGACUUUGUACCGCUCAAAGAAGGCGACUGGUUCAUCCAGAACGGCGCCAAUUCAGGCGUAGGCAGAGCGGCAAUCCAACUCGCAAAACUCUGGGGCUACCGCAGUAUCAACAUCAUCCGCGACCGCUCUGACGCCGAGGCGACUGAAGCAAUGAAGCAAGAGUUGAAAGACCUGGGCGCAGACAUUGUCCUCACUGACACAGAAGCAAUGGACAAGUCCUUCCGCAAUGUCAUAAAGGAAGCCACAAAUGGUGGUCGCGAACAGAUCUCCCUGGCGUUGAACUGUGUAGGCGGUAAACUCGUCAACAGCAUGGCCAAGAUCCUAGCCGACAACUCACACAUCGUCACUUAUGGCGCCAUGUCGCGCGAACCUGUCACCGUGCCCGCUGGCCUUCAAAUCUUCAAGAACAUCUCAUACGACGGCUUUUGGGUCAGCAGGUGGUCAGACGCGAACCCAGAAGACAAGAAAAAGACAGUCGAACAUGUGUUGGAUCUUGUUCGAGAAGGUAGAUUCAAGGAUACACCUUUUGACGAGGUGAAAUGGGAAUGGGAGACCAAAGGUGAUGAGUUGAUCAAGGCUGUUCAAGGCACAUUGCAAGGUUUUAGAUCUGGCAAGGGUGUCUUUGUCUUUGGCAAGACCUAG